UUUUUUUAUUUCCACAAACACCUAUCACAUAUGGUGUGGUCACAGCUCGAGUUGGAAGACUCGCAUAUCGCCUAUGCAUGUGUAGGGGUCUUUUGUACCCUCUUUUCCCUCGUUUCCUUAUUUGUGAAAGAAAAGUUAUACAUCGGUGAAGCUACCGUUGCUAGUAUCGCCGGAUUAAUUCUAGGUCCACACUGUCUAAACUGGUUCGAUCCGCUAUCGUGGGGUGAAUCCGAGGUUAUCACAUUGGAGAUUAGUCGAAUCGUCUUGUGUGUACAAAUCGUGGCGGUGGCGGUCGAAUUGCCAAAGAAGUAUAUGAAGAAACAUUGGCUUUCAGUUGCAAUCCUUCUAUUACCAGUGAUGACCGCUGGUUGGUUGACAGUGGGUCUUUUUGUGUGGGUAUUAAUCCCACAUUUCUCCUUUUCUGAAGCUUUGCUUGUCAGUGCCUGUGUCACUGCAACCGACCCGGUGUUGGCAGCAGCUGUGGUGGGUAAAGGAAAGUUCGCUGAAAGAGUCCCAGGCCAUUUGAGAAAUUUACUUUCUGCGGAGUCUGGAUGUAACGAUGGAAUGGCUUUCCCCUUCAUUUUCUUGUCGUUGAACUUAUUGAUUCAUCCUGGUAAUGCCGGUGAAAUUGCCAAGGAUUGGAUCUUGAACACCAUUUUAUACCAGUGUGUAUUUGGAUGCAUACUAGGUGGUGUUUUGGGUUACGCCUUGAGAAAAUUGGUUGCAUUAGCUGAGCGGAGGAAUAUCAUUGAUAGAGAGUCGUUCUUGGCGUUUUUUGUGUUUUUGGCCUUCAAUUCUGCCGGGUUUGGUUCCAUUCUUGGGGUUGAUGACUUAUUGGUGUCUUUCGCAGCUGGUACCGCUUUUGGUUGGAAUGGUGAUUUUGCUAAGAAAACUGAAGAGUCUCAUGUUUCUACUGUUAUAGAUUUGAUUAUCAAUUUGGCAUUUUUCGUAUAUUUUGGUGCCAUAAUCCCUUGGGAAGAAUUCAACAAUGCUGCCUUGGGCUUGAACGUUUGGCGGUUGGUGGUGUUGGCAUUCGUGAUUAUCUUUUUGAGAAGAUUGCCUGCUGUUGUGGCAUUAAAACCAUUUACACCAGACAUAAAGAGUUGGAGAGAGGCCAUUUUCUGUGGCCAUUUUGGUCCGAUUGGAGUGGGUGCAAUUUUUGCGGUUAUUUUGGCUCGUAAAGACUUGGAAGAACAUUACAUCCAUGAAAGCUCCCUUUUGGAUACAGAACUAGGUGAGGAAGUACCGUAUCACCAGUUAUUGAAUACCCUCUGGCCAAUAACCAAUUUCAUUGUUAUCACAUCUAUUGUUGUGCACGGUUCUUCAGUUGCAGUCUUAACCCUUGGUAAACGAUUGAAUAGAAUGGCCAUUACGAUGACAUUUACUAAUACCACUGCCAAUGAAGAAAGCCCCAAUUGGCUAUCACGGUUGCAAAAAUUGGAAAGAAGCACUACAUCUUUCUCCUUGCAUAGAGUCGACAGUGACGCUACAACAUUGGGUCCUUCUGGUCUUAGUGAGGAUGAUACCGAACGUCUUAGACAUACUGAAACCAUUGAGACGAGUGGUAUUAAAUAUAGACCUGCUGGAGGUGCCAGAAGAAAGAAGCAGAGAAGGAAGAGAAAGAAUAGACCAAGACCUCCGAAUCAAUUCUUACAAUUGGGAAAACCUUCUACAACGCUUACAAGUGAUCAUACCGAUAAACUUGAUGACGAUGAAGAUGCUGAUGAAGAGUUUCAACCUACUACUUCAGAAUCGUCUCCUCAGUCGAAAGAGCACCAUAAUGUUGAGGCAACUGCCUUCCAAGAAGGAUCGAAUAUUGUCAUUGAGGACACGGAUGGAGAAGUCAUUGAGCUGUUGGCGAUUAAACAAGGUAAACAGCAUGGGCAGCGCGAAAACGGAACCGAUAUCACUAGUCUUCAUUCUAUGGAAUCUUUACAACGUCAUAUGACACAGUUAUCUUCUGCAAGCGACGAGUCGUCAAGCCAAGUUUCAAAAUCUGAAAAUUCGCAGAUGCCAGGUAUCAUGAGAACUAUUACUGGUGAUAGCAGAAAAGCGUAUUACAAGAGAGAUGAUCCUAGUCAUAGGAAAGUUUAUGCUCAUCAGAUUGAUGAUGUUUUAUUGAUUGAGAACGAGGAUGGUGAUAUCAUAAGAAAGUAUAAGGUCAGCAGACAUCAUGCGAAGUCUGAAAGCAACAGAAGCAGAUCCACCUCGUAUGUCGAUAAGGCCUUGUCGCUCGUUGGUAUCAAGAAAUCGGCCCCAAUAUCAGAAGAACCCGACUUGGAGAAGUCUGAGCAGUUCAUUACUCCAGAAUACGAUUCUGGAGCUCCGGAACUUCAAAACAGGAAGGUAGAACAGCAGGUCGAAAAUCAUCUUCAUAAAGUGCUAUCAAACAAACGCAAGAACUCUGCGGUCAUUCCUAUUCCCGAAAUACACGAUGACGACGAUGACUUGGAAGAAACUGAAGUUGAAAGAACAAGACGUCUUGCUGCAUUGGGCCAAUUAUCUGCUAAUAGAGAUGAAGAUGACGAAGAGGAAUAGAUUAGAAUAUUAACCAAGCGAAACUGGUCAAGAACUAAUUAUUUAUAGGAAUACAAGGGUACGGUAUUAAACAAAAAACUUUUAUUUACAGUAAACUCUCAUUUAAUGGUGGGCCUUUGGAGCAUUUGGUAACUUAAUCAAAGAUUGUUUUAUGGCCUCAACACCCUUUAAUAAAUCUUCUUCUGAGAUCACCAAAGGAGGAGCCAAUCUGAUGAUAUGAUCGUGUGUAGGCUUGGCCAAGACUCCGUGGUCUUUCAUAACCAAACAAAGGUCCCAGGCGGAUCUGCCGUUGGUUUUGGUAUCGUCAAUUACAAUAGCAGACAACAAACCUUUACCUCUGACUUCAGCAAUGAUUCCACCAAAUUCUUUCUUCAACUGCUCCAACUUUUCGAACAACAAGUCACCCAAUUGCUGGGAUCUUUGUACCAAAUUUUCAUCUUUCACCACCUGCAAAGCAGCCAUGGCCACGGCACAACUCAAUGGGUUUCCUCCAUAAGUAGAUCCAUGAGAACCUGGUUCUAAGCACAACAUGAUAUCUUUGGAGGACAACACGGCCGACACGGGAGUGACACCUCCAGAAAUGGCUUUUCCUAACAACACUAUGUCUGGCUUGACAUUCUCAGAGUGUUCGUAACACAACAUUUUUCCGGUUCUGGCAAUACCAGUUUGGAUUUCGUCACAAAUCAACAAGACAUUAUGUUCCUUACACAAUUCUUGUACUCGAGUUAAGUAGCCCUUUGGAGGAACUACAAUACCAGCUUCACCUUGGAUAGGCUCUAACAAAAUGGCUGCAAUUUUGUCACCCGCAUUCUUAAAAGCGGUUUCAACAUCUUCAAUAACACCGUAUCUCAAGAGAGUUCCCUUAGAUUCUCCUGGAAUCUGUGGACCCACGCCACUCAAGUAAGGACCAAACUUGGUGGUGGCCUCUGGGUCAGUGGACAUGGAAAUAAUUCCCAAGGUUCUUCCGUGGAAGUUGUUUUCAGCAGCCAAGAUAAUGGCCUCGUUCUCUGGAAUUCCCUUCUUGAUGUACCCCCAUUUUCUGGCCAAUUUCAAGCCAGUUUCCACGGCCUCAGCACCGGUGUUCAUAGGUAAAACCAUUUCGUAGUUGAAAAAUUCAGUCACGUACUUGGCAUACUGUCCAAAAACAUCGGAGGAAAAGGCUCUGGAGCAUAACGUCAACUUUGAAGCCUGCUCCACCAACGCAGCAAUGAUCUUUGGAUGACAAUGGCCUUGGUUAACAGCAGAAUACGCAGAUAAAAAGUCAAGGUACUCGUUACCUUCGGGGUCCCAGACGUGUGCGCCUAGGGCCUUGGAGAAAACCACGGGUAAAGGGUGGUAGUUGUGCGCAGAGUACUCUUCUUCGUACUGCUUGGCAGUAACGGAUGAUAUGUGAGAUUCAGACAUAGUGACAGAUAUUUUUUUGUGCUGAUCAGGCAGGU